AUGCCUGAAAAAUGUUCUGAAUGUAAUAAAAAAAGACGCCUUAAAUAUGGAAAUGGAGAUAUAUGCACUAGUUGUUAUUCCGCACGUCUUCAAUCCAUUAAUAGCGGAAAUCCAGAUGUUGAUAAUUUGAUUAAAUCAACGCACGGAAAUAACCCUAAUUAUAGGUUAGAGUGGAUUCCUUUUGAAGAUUUUACAGAUAUCCAGCGAGUUACGGAAGGUGGAUUUAGUAUAAUAUUUACGGCUUUAUGGGUAAAAGGAAGAAUCAAGAGUUAUUAUGGAACAGGAUUCAAUCGAGCAGGUUCAGAAAAAAUUGUAUUAAAAGUUCUUAAGGACUCUCAAAAUAUUAAUUCAGCAUUUGUAAAGGAGGUAAAGUAG